AGUCACCUGAACACAUAGAUCCUCGUUCUGUACUUCAAAUUCAUCACUUGAUAAUGGCUAUUGGUAGCAUCGUGAAAGGCUUUCCUGAAGCGCCCAAAGGAUCUCAUCCAAUUAUUCUAUGGGUUGGAAUUCUAAAGCAGGUGACUGAGAUCGUUCUAGCUGUGCUGAAAAUUUUGAAUAGAUACGAAAUUAUCAGGGAUGCUGCAAGGUAUACCUUUGCACGGCUUGUUAGUGUGCUUGGCACGGAGAUAUUGCCAUAUCUUCCUUUAUUAAUUAAUGAAUUGCUCACUGAGUGUGGGAUUUCAGAAUUAGUGGAUUUCCUCCCAUUUGUUGGACUCUUAGCUCAUAAAUUUAAACUAAUUAUUCCUUUGAUCGAUAAAGUCUUCCAAUUCUUAAAUCAAACACCAUCCGGAACUGAUGAAGCGCUUUUAUUGAUAGAUCUUCGAAAAGCCUACCUAAAUUUCAUCUUAGGAUUGUUGAAUAAUGAAAUGGAUGCAGUUUUCGUCAGCGAAUCGAAUCAGCCACGUCUAGAAAGCAUACUUCGAAGUGUCAUACAUUAUGCCAGCGAUACCUCUGAUAUUCCAUCUAUGAAGAUAGCUUUUAGUAUUCUUUCGAAAACGUUGACUCUCUGGGGUGACCAGUACUUGACAAUAGGUGCAUUAUAUGAGCACAUAUUGCGUAUUUGUUUCGAAGUUCCCUUUAAGCCAUCAUUCAAUGUGAGCGACGGUCAAUCAUUAACGGUUUUAAAUGAAAUAUCCAAGAUAUUGAAAAUCAUGCUUUCACAAAGGGGAGAUGAUUUUCUUGAAUAUCUUAGGAAUGUAUGGACUAUUUGGUUGCUACAACCAGAUCUUCUUGAUGAUUUCUUACGUUCUUUACAGCAACUAGAAUUAAAAGCAUUUCAGAAAUAUUUCCAG